AUGGAGAAGUCGGGAGCUAAGGCGGCCGAGGAAGAGGCGGCCGAGGAAGAGGCGGCCGAGGAAGAGGCGGCCGAGGAAGAGGCGGCCGAGGAAGAGGCGGCCGAGGAAGAGGCGGCCGAGGAAGAGGCGGCCGAGGAAGAGGCGGCCGAGGAAGAGGCGGCCGAGGAAGAGGCGGCCGAGGAAGAGGCGGCCGAGGAAGAGGCGGCCGAGGAAGAGGCGGCCGAGGAAGAGGCGGCCGAGGAAGAGCAGACUCAAGGAACCAUUCUUCCAGCUCCAAAUUUCAACCCUGUUAUGGAUGCUCAGUCGCUAGGAGGAGCCCUACAGGGAAUCAGUUGUGAAAAAGACGUGCUGAUUGACAUCCUCACACAGCGCUGCAAUGCACAGCGGCUCAUGAUUGCUGCGGCAUACAGAGACAUGUAUGGCAGGGAUUUGAUGGCAGACCUGAAAGACAAUCUCUCUCAUCACUUCAAAGAAGUCAUGGUUGGCCUAAUGUACCCACCUGCAUCCUAUGAUGCCCACGAGCUCUGGCAUGCACUAAAGGGAGUAAACACAGAAGAGAAGUGUCUAAUUGACAUAUUAGCCUCAAGGUCAAAUAUGGAGAUAUUCCAGAUGAAAGAAGCCUACUUAACACAAUACAACAGUGAUCUUCAGCAAGAUAUUGAUUCUGAGACUUCUGGUCACUUCAGAGAUACUCUGAUGAACCUCGCUCAGGGAACAAGAAUGGAAGGAUAUGCAGAUCCUGCUACAGCUGCUCAGGAUGCAAUGAUUCUAUGGGAAGCCUGUCAGCAGAGAACAGGCGAACACAAAAACAUGCUGCAAAUGAUCCUGUGCAACAGGAGUUACCAGCAGUUGUGGAUGGUUUUCCAGGAGUUCCAAAGUAUCUCUGGGCAAGACCUAGUAGAUGCCAUCAAUGACUGCUACGACGGAUAUUUUCAAGAAUUACUGGUUGCAAUAGUUCUCUGUGUCCGUGACAAGCCUUCCUACUUCGCUUACAGACUCCAUCAUGCAAUUCACGACUUUGGGUUCCACAAUAAAACAGUCAUAAGGAUUCUCAUUGCCAGGAGUGAAAUUGACUUGAUGACUAUACGACAACGAUACAAAGAGAGAUACGGGAAAUCGCUCUUCCAUGAUAUUAAACAUUUUGCUUCAGGGCAUUAUGAGAGUGCUUUGCUUGCUAUCUGUGCUGGUGAUGUUGAAGAUUAUUAA